AAAAAUACCUCCUUGGGGAAGCAAAGAAAACCAGUUAAGCCCCUAAAAGAGUCUUUGAAUUUGCUAAUCUUUUGAUAAAUGUCAGUACCUUUCUUCCUUCUUACUGUAGUGUCGACCUCUUAUGUAGAUCCCAAUCAGAACCAAUAUAAAUGCCACGGGAUAAUCUAGUGACCACCCAUAGAAAUCUUGCAAAGAUAAUGUUAGGAUUUCCAGCAGAGGAUGCAGAAAUAAAGCUGAAGCUCCUCUUCAAUGGCGAACUCUAAGUUCAUCACUUAUUUUAUUAUCAUCGUUUUGUUCUGCUUUACAGUUCCUUCUACAGCAAAGUCAUCUGCUUUAGUCCAAGAAAUUAAGCAGCAAAGUCAAGAACAAGAUAAAGAACCGUUUGUGGGUGUUAACAUAGGCACGGAUGUCUCAGAUCUGCUGUCACCAACGGAGUUGGUUUCAUUCUUGCAAGUGCAAAGAAUUUCGCACAUUCGACUUUAUGAUGCAAACCAAGAUAUACUCAAAGCCUUGGCGAAGACAAAGAUCCGGGUCAUUAUCAGUGUACCAAAUAACCAGCUUUUGGCAAUAGGUUCAUCCAACACCACGGCGGCUUCUUGGGUUGGUCGAAACGUCGUUGCUUACUACCCGGAAACACUCAUCACCGGUAUUGCUGUUGGAGAUGAGGUUUUAACGACCGUACCGUCCUCGGCUCCUUUGCUGCUUCCUGCAAUUCAGUCUCUUUACAGUGCUUUAGUGGCUGCGAAUUUGCAUACUCAAAUCAAGGUUUCAACCCCCCAUGCAGCUUCCAUUAUUCUUGAUACCUUUCCUCCUUCUCAGGCUUACUUUAACCAAAGCUUGACUUCAGUUAUGGUACCUUUGCUUCAGUUUUUGUCAACAACUGGGUCUUUUUUAAUGAUGAACCUUUAUCCUUAUUAUGUGUUUAUGGAGAAUAAAGGUGUGGUUCCCUUGGAUAAUUCCUUGUUUAAGCCAUUGACACCGUCUAAAGAAAUGGUUGAUCCAAAUACUUUGUUGCAUUACACUAAUGUGCUUGAUGCUAUGAUUGAUGCCGCAUAUGUUUCUAUGAAGAAUUUAAACGUUACUGAUGUUGUGGUGCUUGUUAGUGAGAGUGGGUGGCCUUCGAAGGGGGACUCAAAAGAGCCUUAUGCUAGUAAAGAUAAUGCAGAUACCUAUAAUUCGAAUCUUAUCAAGCUUGUCUUAGAUCGUAGUGGAACCCCAUUGCAUCCAGAAAUCACUUCCAGUGUGUAUAUAUAUGAGUUGUUCAACGAGGACUUGAGGUCACCCCCAACAUCAGAGGCGAAUUGGGGAUUGUUUUAUUCGAAUUCAACCCCAGUUUAUUUGCUUCACGUGUCAGGAAGUGGAACCUUUUUGGCAAAUGAUACAACUAACCAAACCUUUUGUAUUGCAAUGGAUGGAGUUGAUUCAAAGACAUUGCAGACAGCUCUGGACUGGGCUUGUGGUCCUGGGAGGUCAAAUUGCAGUGAGAUUCAACCUGGGGAGAGCUGCUACCAGCCUAAUAAUGUGAAGAAUCAUGCUUCUUAUGCAUUUGAUAGCUACUAUCAGAAGGAAGGGGAAACUUCCGGUUCCUGUGACUUUAAGGGAGUGGCCAUGAUAACUACCACUGACCCAAGUCACGGGAGCUGUGCAUUCCCAGGAAGUAAGAAGGUAAGCAGUAAAAAGACGGGAACGAUUUUAAACUCGACGGAAGCAAAUGGUGCAGGUGAAAGGCUAAAAUUAAACACUUUCCACAGCAGCCAAAUAAGUGCGAGUACUGUAGCAUUCUGUAUUUUGCUAUUCAUUUCGUUUGUGACCACUAGAUGAGGAAGAAAAUAGAAAUAUAUAUAUUGUUUGAAAAGGUAUCAUUGUUUUUGCAUU